AUGACACCCGCUACCGCGCUGCGCUUCCUGCUGAGUUCUGCGCCAAGAACCCCCCCCCCCAUGUACAUCACCCUCUACUACAUAGUCACCCGGCUCCCUGACUCCCUUCGCUCGGUCAAGGACCACUUCGUCUCUGUUUGCCCCACCACUCUCAUCGUUGACCUCCUCGAGGAGCGCCUCCUAGCAGCUGAGAAGAGUAUAGUCGCUGUAGGAGCCUCUCGAGGUGACCCUCGCGCCCCUGUCUUUGAGGGGUGCUCCCCCUCCCCCCUUUUGCCCUCUGUUGCCUCUGCUGCCGCCGUCGACUUCGUUGGCACCGAGUCGGUCGGCUCUGCGUCUGCCCCUAGCGGGCGACGCCGCACCGGCAAGGGCAAGGGGGGCAAGGGCGCUAGAGGGGCUGGCGGGGGCGGUGGAGGUGGCGGUGGAGGAGGCGGAGGGAGUGGGGGUGGUGGUGGGAGUGGUGGCGGGGUGCGGGGGCCCGCACCCCACCAGCGCUGCUUCGGCCGCCUGACGGACGCCUGGCGUCUCCAAUUCCCUGACGCCACUAAGAUCCCUCGCUGGGGAGAGCUGCAGAGGUCGGGGGUUGCUAUCUUUGAUCUUGAUUAUGAUGCUAUUCUUGCUGCCAUGUAUGCUGUGUCUACUAGUGAUGAGGGUGACUGUUACGUGUGUGUUCCGCCUGACCCGGGCAUUGAGGCUGCUGUUCUAGGUGCUGGUGAGGCUGCUGCUCUAGGUGUUAGUGCGUCUGCUGCCCCAGGUGCUGGUGAGUCUGCUCUCUUAGUCGGCCGGUUGCGGUCUCCUUAG